AUGGAAGUCGUUUCCGAUCACUACAGACGUGUCUUCGGGACACCCCCAGCGUACCUUUUGGAGGAGCCGAUCAAUCAGGACACUCUGUUGCAGGUGAAUAAUCAAUACUACAAUUCAGAAAAAAUCCUCUUGUUUUCAGAGACUUCCCGAAGGAAUGGUCCCCGGAGACACUAUCGAUUCCCAUAUCACAAAAUAUGCAAAUGAGCACACAGAAACUCAUCAGUUCGAGACAAUGGCACUGGCCGAGGUGCGUUUCGUUUCCAUUUUCACCGAUUGUCGAUUCGAUUUAUUCUAUUUCAGAACUUUAUUUCAACACGAUGCACUGAUUUCGUCUUCAUCGAAACCAAAGAGAAAGACGUCAAAUACUACGGAUGUCCGUACGGAGUCGGCGAGCCGUGUGUCGCUUUUGCAAAGGUACAACUUCAGAGCGAAUCCAUUUACGACAAACACGUGUCAUUUUCAGUUGGCUGUCAACCGCGGAUUUGCCGCCGUCAUUGUUUGCUACGGACACUUCUCACACGACAAAACCGUCGGCCAGAAACGUUUAUCUUCCCGUCAACUGACGACACUUCGCAUGUUCAGUGACAUCAACUGGAAACCAGAAUUGGGUCCGGAAUGGAAUGCACACAACAUGGUGUACUGUUUCAAGCACUGGCACCUCAGCGACCACCCUAUGCAUUUCCUGAGCGUUUAUGAUAUCAAGUACGUUCACCCACACUCUGAGAAAAGGCAUUUACUUUAAUCGUUUUCAGGGCAGUCGGAUUCGAGCUGGAUAAACCAGAACUGGAAAAUCUUCGGCUGCCGGAUGGUGUUUUUCACGGUGCACGAGUUCCCGCAAAGGUUGAGCUGCAGAAGUACGAGAUUAGAAAUCUGACAAGACGAGUGAACCCAUGCUCGGGAAAGGAUCACAAACUGGAGGAGGAGAGCGAGAGGGGAGAAAGCACGUCAGGUCCUCCUAUCGGACCUCCGCCAGGCUUUCCUCCAAAACCAGGACAGGCCCGCGCAGGACCUUCAGAGCCAAAUAGCGGAAAGAAGGACGGCAAAGAACCCGCAAAGUUGCCUCCGGAUUUUGGUUUCCCUCUUCAGCCGUGUGUGCCAACUUUCGCGAAUUCACCGGAAUGGUACAAGAGGUCAGGAAAUUGCGAACUAGCCAGUGAGACUUGGAUGAACAUUCACAACGUAAGAAACAUUGUCCUAUCAUAAACUUAUCUGAAUCAUUUCCAGUUGGCCUCUGAAAUCAAGAAGCUCGCUUUUCAAAGAAUGUCGGAUCCAGUCUGCAGCCAAACUGCUUUGCAAAACGGACAAAAGUUGUUGGACCUAUUGUCACAAGGACUGAAAUAUUCCGAAAAAAUGCUUGAAAACAACAAGAAAUUAGCCAUCAAAACCAAGCUCAGCCAGCAGAUGAAGAUUGAUAUGGACCUGCUUGGACAGCAGAGAUCCCCGUCGCCGGUGCGAACGGAGACGAACCAAUCGAGUAGUGGGAGCCCGGUCAACACUCUGGUCAGCGGAGGCAGCGACCGCACUCUGAAAGCACCGAGAAGUCCCUCGAAGCCCUCGAAGCCCGCGGAGCCAAAGAAGAACGGAUUCGAUAAAUUCAAGAAGGGAGCUUUCAACCGGACUCUGCUUGAGAAAAUCAAGAGCAAAAGCACUAAAAUCACCCCUCCACUGGUAAUCCCGGAGAGAGAUCCAAACAUGAUUUUCGGAAGAGAAAAAAGACCGUCUCCUUUUGCUUUUUGCAAAGGAAAGAACAUUUGGCAAAUGCCGUUGCCUAAGAACGGAUUCAUCCCGGCCAGAUACAACUUUGCGACUGGCAUGAAUCUCAAGCAGAAAGUUCACGACUAUUUCAAUGUCAUGCCUGAACUGUCGGACACCGAGUCGGAAGGACCAACGCCGGUUAAGGUGCCGCCGGGCGUGGAGCCGGAGUUGGUGCCGGAGAUGCAGCCAGAUCCAGAGGAAGAUUUCCAAGUGGGCGAAGUGAUGUUCCAGUGGGAGCCGCCUGUCUCGAAGAACAAGAAGAAGAAGAACAAGAAGAAGAACAAGAAGCUGAAGGGAGCCGAUCAACCACUCAGACAUUUGGACAUGUAACUCCUUACCCAAUGUAAGAGAACUGGUAAUUUUCCUGGCGCCAAUAAUUUUCUUGUUUUUAAGAAGUUUACAACACCGCACUCGACAUCUUCAUAGUAAUUUAUUCGAUUCAACGACAAGUUUUGUUCAAUAUCAUCCGGAUUUUUAAAUGAUUCCCCGUUUAUUUGACAGUAUAGUAAUGCCAGCUACACAAGCUCCAACCGUUUUCAAAGCUCUCCUUUUUUAUUCCAGCUGACGUUUGACUCUUUUUUGGAAAGGUUCCGAGAAUUCCAUGAUUUGUUCCCUUUUUGCCGUAAAUUUUUAAUGAAGUCAUGUGAAAAUAUCAAUUUUUGGUGUUACUUCAUUAUCGCUCUCUCACUUUCAGCGUUGACUGGCUUGCUAUAGCAGAGUGUCUUUUCCAAUGAAAGUCGUUCUUUUUAAUAGUACGUAAACACUUUGUCAAUUGGGUUUCUUUCGCGUGUAUCACGAGGCCCAUCUUAUUUCCGUCUCUUCACCAGCCCACGCAUCUGUCGUUCUCCCCGUUCUCUCUCUCUUUCUUACUCCGUCUCAAACGGCCUCGCCGCUAUCGAUCUGUUCCCCUCGAUAGCCAGUUUCAUCUCCGUCCCUUCGGCGCGGACGCCGACCGACUCGACAUUAUGCAGUCGGUCGUCUCCAAUCUCUCGCCCGUGUAUUAUGUGUCCGCCUUGCUGAGUGUCUAUCGAUGACCCUAUGUGUGCGAGGGUUGCAGAAUAAAAGUGUGCGCGACUUGCGUUUUGAGGCGGAGUCUGUGUGUUUGAAUCACAUGCGCCGAAUAUUAUCAUUUUCUUAUUAUCAACCGAAUUUCUCGUCUUACCAGUCACGUUGAUUUUUUAUUUACAGGUACUUGACCAAAAUGAACUAUUCGAAGCUUCGUUCGUGGCGCAAAUUCAGAAACAAGAACUUCAAAAUCCGUAAAAUCUUCAAGGGAUACGCGGAUGGUACGAAUUUCAAGAUUUCAUAAUUCAGAAAUGUUCUUAUGUUUCUACAGAAAUCUAUACAUCGUUCAUCCCGGAGUUGAGGUUGAUUAACCAACGCGUGGAACUGGCUGUGGGGGCUGCUACGGCUGCCGGCACUUUGGACUACACCAACGAAAGUCCCGACAAUAUCGAAACUGACCUCUACUUGCGCGUCCCGCCCGAGGAAGGAUGGCAUGCUGGAAAGCCGAUCGGACAGCGGGGACUGCGGAACAAUCACUCGCAACAAAUGAAAGAUCUGUUCAAGACCCUUCAUGCCGCGAUGACAAACAAUCUGAAUGUGGAUCUUCGAUCAGUCGGCGAUGUCUUCCUUGCUCCGGGAACUCAUGCGCUUCAGGCAAAAUCGAAAGCGUAUGAUUCACAUUUUUCUAUGAGAAAUUAUGAAUUGAUGUUUCCAGCGAAGACAAAAGACUCUACCCAGUGCUCUAUGAUCUGGAGACGCGGUUGCUUCCACGUAUUGACGGUGCUCACAAGAAAGGUUGCUGCCUCACAAUCAAAUUUAUCUCUGCGGCCAAGCCGACCAUUGUUUGGGCAUUUGGAGAAGUAAGGAAUCUGCGCCUUACCCCGUCAUUUUGGAUUUAUUGUAGCACAUCAUACUGAAAGGGAACAGAGAUCUCGAUCAAAAGAUGGUUCUUGGAUCGCCGACCAACUACUGUGCUUUUCUCUUCAUUGACGUUGGUUGCACAGUUAAAUUCAUUUCUAUUUUCCUAAUAUUUCAGCUUGUUCAAGAUAUCACGCAUGGGCAGUACUAUGUGUACAUCGGAAACAAAUACGGAUGUCUUAUCCCCAACUUUGUGGUUGUUGGAAAAGGUGUGCGAGUUUGAGGGAAGACUAUCCAGCAACUGGUUUCAGAUGGCUACCAUCCAAAGGCUGUGGGCAUACCAUUCACUAUCACCGAAGGAUCACCGGAUCACGUGUACUGUGGAGUUAUGUUGGAUAAUAUUUUUCCUGGACCAGUCACUAUUCAAUGGACACGCGUAUGUCUAGUUUAAAUAUUCUGACUCCUCUAAUUUGAUUCUUUCAGGAUGACGUCCGUUUGACUGAGAAAGAAAAGAAGAACGUAAUCACUUCCACCCGUUUCCAAAACAUGACUGACUGUUAUGCUCUGUUGGAGGUCAAAGUACGUUCACAACAGUGUGCGCUUUCGGACGCAGUUUGAAAGAUCUUUCGAUAGAUCUACCAAAAAUAAAUAUCGAAAGACUGUCAAAAGAUGUUCGAGAGAUUUCCUUCUAUUCCCUUUUGCAAUCCGCUUUCUUUCGAGAUUCAUCUUUCGAACGUACACACUGAUUCACAAGUGACCGCUUCUGAAACUAGCCAUUCAUUAAUUCCAGAGUCGCGCCUCGUUGAAACCGGGAAGGUACGUGUGUGAGGUCAGCAAUGGAAUUGGGGUCGCACAGUUCGAAGUCGAUCCGUUUGCCAAUAGUAAGCCGCGGCACUCGGUUGUUUUCGAUAAUACACAAAACCGUUUCAGCCUCGUUCCAUCCAUUUUUCGAGAAAACGGUCAUUGCCGGCAACCACUACAUUCCUCUUUUUGGCCGUCGCCAGAUCGCGAAGUAUGCGCUUUACGUGCGCUACUGCUCGGCCAACCGAAAACAUGUUCGCGCGUGGAGCAUCCAUCACAGCAGUUUGAACAAACCUGGAAUUGGUUUUCUGUUCGAGAAAGAGGAGAACAAACGCACUGGAGCGGUCUCCUAUACGAGCAAAGUUGUGUUCAAUGUAAGUUCUCUAAGCUUGAACUGAUUGUGAGAAUCUCAUAAAUUACAGAUCUACACGAAUGAUGAGAAUGCCGACGGAAGGGGUCGUGACAAUUCGGUUCUGGUCCGCGGCAGAAUCAUGGGCAUUGGUGGCAACAUCCAAAAAACGAUCCGUAUGCAGCUGAGAGAGUGUCACGGACGCUUGACGCCGUAUCUUGACUCUUUUCUUGCCGAUGGGGAUAUCGCAGACAUCCCGGAGAGCGGAUGGAUUCCGAUUGCAGACAUGUAA